AUGGGUGGCUUCGUGGCGAAAGCAAAGGGCGGUCCCGGCAAGGACGAGGGGCCGAACAGCCUCAAGGCCGACAUGAUGGAGGACGAAGCAGAGGACUCCGAAGAUGAGGAGCAUCAGAUGGAGAAGGAUGCGCUUCGGGCGAUGGAGGUCGGUGGAAGAGAAAGUCUGGCCGCAGCUUACGAAGCGAUGGCAGCCAAGGAGGUCGUCUAUGACACUUUCUCCGAUGAGCUGCGUGCUGGCUACCUUGCAAGGGUGCAGGCCCGCGAAGCUUGGUGCGAAGAAGUGGAGACAUCGCACGAGCAGAGAGAAGCGCGAGACAAGGCCUUGUUGUCUGUUUGGCAUUUGUCGACGAGCAUUCUGGUCAUGUACCUGCCAGGAGUUUGCCGUUCGUCACUUGUGUACAGACAACAUUUGGAGUUUGUCAUGUUCGCCCCCUAUUUCUAA